GACCGCCGCCGCGCACUCUCUCUCUCACUCACUCGCACCGCACCCGGUGCCGCCGUCGCCGCAGUCGCACUUCGCAGUCAGUACUCAGUACGCCGCUAACCGCAUCGAACGUCGCUUACUCGCGGUCGACUGUCAUCACGCACCAGUGUUGUACUCGUCGUCGUCGUCGCCGUGUUUUGUUGUAGCUUUUAUUUCUUCGCGCGACCGUCCUCCCCUAUCACAUACACCCCCAAUCGAUAAUGCCGUACGCCGCUACCACGAUCGUUUCGGCGAUGUCGUCCGGAUAAAGGUGGUCCCUUUUAGGCUUUUCAAACGAAAUAAUAAUAUACUUACCGUAUUAUCAAGACUACCUCCCAUAAUCGCUAUAAAUCCAUCGCCGCCGCGUGUGCGUUCGUGUAAAUGUUUGUGAACCGUCAACAGAACCAGCUCGGUAGCGCAGUCGUAACCACCACCGUCGGACGUACCAGGAGGCCCAGAACGAUCCCGCCGGGAUACUCAUUCUAAGGCUCUGGGAUCGAAAUCGUCUGAUGCUUCUGCCAACAAAUGUUUUAGCCGAUGAAAAUUAUGUAACCGAGGAAGAAGACGAUUAUCAGUGGUGGACCGAGGAGGACCUGUGGAAGUUUCCCCCGCCGCCUCCCCGUCCACCGUUCCUGGAGCCCCCUUAUCCGGACGGCCUGACCACUUGCGACCUGUGCACAUGGGCCCUACAACCUCUAGACGGCACUGACAACGGUAUGUUGACAGUUCCCAUUGCCGAGGUGACGUGGCCCAUGAUAUUGGUCCUAGUGUCGUUGCUGUCCGCCGCCAUCGGCGCCCUCUUCAUGGUCGUCUUCCUACACCUAAAACUACGGCUUUCCGGACGCACAGCACCAUCUCGGCCAGAGUGUUUGGUGUCGUUCGAUCCGCCCACAGACCGAGUUCACCACCAUCACCACCAUCAGCAAUUGCACCACCACCAGCGGCAGAUCGCCCAGAUAGCGGCGGGGGACCACCACCACCUGAACCACCUGAACCACCUGAACCAUCUGAACAACCUGAACAACCGUCGCGCCGGCCCGAUCGUCCGGCGGUCCGGCGGCCCGGACGGCACGUCGUCCAUCAAGCACAACGGACCGGGACGGCCGUCUGGCGGUGGUGCCCGUAACGGCGUCGGCGGUGGUGGUGGCGGGGGCGGGGGAGUCGGCGGUGGCGGCAUCGGGAGCCUGAUCGGCGGGGGCGACGACGGUGGUGUCGGCGGCGGUGGCGGCGGCGUCGGUCAUCAGCUGUCCGUGAACCCGGGCGAUUGGUUCCGGUGGUUCCGGCGGAAACGCGGCGCCGUGCUACCGCCGGACGCCGUGCCGUCCAAUCAGAACGCCGUCCGGGCCAACCAUUACACGGUCGAAGAAGCGGCCGCCGCCAUACCGGUGGUGGUGUACGCGUCCGUCAUCGGCGGCGGCCAAGACGACGGGCCGCACAACAUGUCGCCGCCGCCGCUGUCCCUGUCCUCGGCGGCCGACGACGUGCUGUACACCGAGCUGGACCGGGUGCCGACGCCCGCUUACCACAACGCCGGUUACGCGUUCGACCAGCACAGCAGCGCCUAUUACUCGGACAUGUACGAGCCAAUCGACCCUUACCACAACCAUCACAACCAUCAGCGGCAGAACUCGCUGCCGUCCGACUACGUCUGAUAUUACGCCCGACACGCGCCGCCCGCGAAUCGCCGCCGUCGCCGCAGCCGACGACGACGAUCGCAAGCCGCCGCACCACCGGUGCCGACGGUCUCGCGCGUGUAUCGUGAAAUAUUCAAAUAGAUCUAGUCGCUGUACGCUGCACGUCUACCGAAAAUGCUGUUUUGCGGCCGUGCACUCUGAUGCACUAAUGCACUAUUUACGCUGCGACGGUUAUCAUCGUGACCCCUCGACUUGAUGAUCAUUUCGUUGCAGAUCGAUUCCGGUAGCCGUUCUAAUAUUAAUAAUCAUCACACCUGCAGGAACGCAAAUGUCUCAACUAACGUUUAACCAUUCGCCGAUGACGAUCACACGUAACGCGAUCUACUGCCGAGAAAAAAAAAGGAAGCAAAACAACUACAAAACGGACGAAUAUAUCACCUGAGCGAAAAUCACAAUAUGUCGGACGUUAAGAUGAUUAUUAUUAUUAUUAUUAUUAUUAUUGUUUAGUGCAAACCUAAAGUUAUUAUUUUUUUUUUAAUCUUAUUUUUAAGUGUAAUUAUAGACUUUUUUUAUAUAAGUGUUUUAAUUAGUUGUUGAUUGUUUAUAUAUACCUACAUAAUAUUUCCAGUGAUAAUAAUUAAGUGUACAUAGUACCUACCUAUAUUAUAUAUUAUAAUAUUAUUAUUUAAUAACGAACACAGUGUAGCGCCCGCGACUUAAAUGCUAAUAACGUAAUGUGUAUAUAAUGAUACGUUUGCGUUCAACUCUCACCAAAACGACGAUAUUUAAUGUAAUAUAUUACAAUGUAUAUAAUAUAAUGUUAUAUCGUCGUACGCGCAUAAUUAGUCACGAAUGUUAUUUUUUUACGUGCAUAUAUUUAUUAAAAAAAUAAUGUGUAUAGAUCAUGUACAAAAACGCAAUAUCGUUAGUCUUUAUUUUAUCUCUUUUUAUUUUGGCUAUAUAUUUAUUUCAAUCUUUCAGUCUCACUGUCUUACAAAAAUUCUUUCUCCUCUCUUUUAUUCUCUCUCACAAACUCUAUCUAUCUCUCUCUCUCUUUCUCUCAAUAGUCUAUUAACUGUUCUCAUUUUUCCAUAGCGUCUUGUUCUCGCGAUUUUUAUAAUAUAUUAAAAAUGUUAUUUUAUGAGUAACAUAAUAUUUGUGUACAUUGCAGAAAAAUAAAACAAUUAAUAUUA